GGGAUUAUACUUCACUUCCUACAUUUUAGUUCCUCUCCUGUGUUUAUGAAAUUGUGAUAGCGUGAAAUUGUGAAAAGCGUGUCUGGAUGUAUAGUUGACGAAGAUGUAGAUUGAAGUGGUUUUUGUGCCGAUUAAUUCCGAGCAGUCGCACCGUUUGAGCUCAUAUAUCGAGAAAUCGUGCAAAUUUUGUGUCGGCGGUCAAGCAAUAUUAUUAACUAAUAAUUAAGAAAUGAUAACGGACCGAUUCUUCAAAUUCACGGCGAUCGUGCAGUGUCUGUCGAAAAAUAUUGAAAGUGAAGUGUAUUAAUCGGGAAUUCGCCAAGGAUAUCCUAAAAAAUAGGCGGCGCGGUUUUGCUUGAGAUGGACUCGGUGGCGGUGACGGUGCCGCUUCGUCAACCGACGAAGAAGAUGAAGAAGAGAAAGGAACUUGACGCCCUGGCACCGGCGCACGCUAUAUCCCGCCGGAAUUCCGGGAAACGCAGCUCGCAGGAAUUGUUAACUGAUAGCAGCGACGAUCGUUCGGAAUAUUGGAAUGUUUCUACCAGAAACGGACGCAAAUGCAGAGGCAGAAGGGGACGUGUUUGUCCCGGAUUCCUUAAGGCUUGUAACGCUUUUUUGGCAUGUGCCUCAGUAUUAGCGACCGCCAGUCUGAUAUGGUUAUUCAUCGACGUUCGUCAACAGCUUACCGCUCUGCGAACCGAGUUAGACCAAGUGAUAGCGGGCAGCGAGGGUGUCCCGGACGCUUUACAGAAAUGCCACUCGUUGUCGAGAGAUCUCCAGAACAACCAAACAAUAAUUUUCUCCAGAUUGUCCGAUCUUAAACAGCAGAUAAAUAAUUUUACGGUACAGUUGGCGCAUAUUCAGCAGGACUUGCAUAAAGUACAAGAGUACUUUCAAGCCGCGCCCGAGAUGGCCAAUUUGCCGAAACGCUUGGACGAGUUGUCAACUAGCGUUGCAACAUUUGGUAGUCAAAUAAGAGAUCUCGGGGCCACAGUGAAUACCCUAAAAGAGACGAACAUGAGGGUACAGGAUGCACAGACUACUAUGCAACAAAACAUUAGCAGUAUUAAGCACACCAUGUUAGAAUUGUCGAACAUUACUCAAAAGCCUCAAAUAUUGAGCACUGACGAAACGCAAAUUAAGACUGACAAACUAAACCUUACGAUAUCUCAUUUAAUGAAUAAUUUAACGCAUGUUAAUGAAACCCUGUCGAGCAAAUUGCAAUGGGUCGCUGAUGAUCAAGGCAAGGAUCGCAAAAAAUUAGUUUCACUUCAAGAAGCAACGGCGGCCAUUAACACAACAAUGAUAUCUUUGCAAGGAGAGUGCGUUAAAAUGUCUGAGCAGGCUUCCGUUCUAGCAUCGAUUCAACAAUUAACAAAAAAGAUGAACGAGGUACGCACAACCGACGUGGAAUUAAUUGGCAAGUUAAAGCAAUUGGAACAAUCAUACAACGGACUUAAGAACUUUACUAACAUAAUAUUCACGACUGUGUCUGAGAUGCAGACUCAGCAACAGAUCAAUAAGAUCAAGUUAUCGGAAUCGUUAAAUGGUGAUGGGACAACGGAAAUCAAUCGCGAUGCGACAGAUGUAAGUAAUAUUGCUCAGAGAAAAAAUGACAAAUCUCAAAUGUGGCAGAAGCGCAGUUUCAACGAGCAAACGAACCUAGAAGAAACUCGUGUUUAAAAAGAGACUUUCACAUAAAUGAAAAUCGCAAUCUAAGAAGCUGUGUAUUUGUAAAUAUUAAUAAAUUAAGUACACGUUAUGCAUGUACAUAGAAAGAUAUUUAUGAUACCGCACGGGUAUCCAGUGGAACAAUAAUCCAUCGUGAUCCUCGAUUGAUCUGCAAUUGCAUCGAGAAGAGACUAUCGUGAGCGUGCCGUGGCCUGAAUGAAGCUACUUACGUCGAGCAAUAACUCAAAGCGUAUUAAUAUUAUUAUUAGCGAGACGAACGUUCUGUAUUCGACCUAGAUUAGAUAUGUCAAUUCCUAAUAACAUUAAACGCAAUGUAGUGAGAAAGAUAGUUCAGAAAUAUUAUGGAAAGUACAAAGUCGACAGCCGCCUGGAAGACGAAUUCUCGGUUGUAAUGUCUAGGAAAAUGUUUAUAUUUAAGUAACGGCAGCGUAUACCGAAAGUUUUCUACUCUUCUACAUUUUGUAGCGUGAUACGCUAUUGUACAUUUCUCCAAGUUUUUCAGCGUGAAAUAAUAGUGUUCUUUAGAUCGUAGAAAAAACUAUAUAUAAAUACCGUGAUACAGAAUAUUUAUGUAAAUACAAUAUUAUUUAACGAAUAACAAACAGUGUGAUAAAAUGAUAGAGAAGUAACUACACAUUCUAAUUGCAAAAUUAAGUUUAAUUUGCACGGUUAACAAAUCAAUUUAUUGGCGAUAUAUGUUUUCGACUUUCAGUUUAGCGACACAUGCACCGUACAGUCGAAUGUACAGUUAAAUGUGAUGGU